AUGGAGAUUGACACUCUGUGGAGGUCUCCAGGGUCCUGCAGGUUGGACUCUGUGGAGGUCUCCAGGGUCCUGCAGGACCAUCAGAGACCAGACCCUGCUGAACCUGAACCCAGCCGUGGGUCCAUGAAGAGCCACCGGUCCAAAGAGAGAGACACCCCCACUUUAAAAACAAGGAGACCUGUAAUGGAGAAAAAAAGUGUGAGGGAGCGAGUUGAAAUGGUGGAGAGGAGAAUGGAAAUGGAGAGACCCAUCAGAGACCAGACCAACCUGAUCCUGAACCACGCUGUGUGUCCUUUAAGAGCGACCAGUCACAUCAAGGCCUCAUUAACUUUAAAGGAGAACAACCCUCUGCUGGAAAGAGCUUCCUGUUGUCUCUCCAGGCUGAGUGGCUGUAACCUGUCAGAGAGAAGCUGUGAAGCUCUGUCCUCAGUUCUCAGCUCCCAGUCCUCUAGUCUGAGAGAGCUGGACCUGAGUAACAACAACCUGAAGGAUUCAGGAGGGAAGCUGAUCUCUGAUGGACUGAAGAGUCCACACUGCACACUGGAGACUCUCAGUCUGUCAGGCUGUCUGAUCUCAGAGGAAGGCUGUUCUUCUCUGGUCUCAGCUCUGAGCUCCAACCCCUCCCAUCUGAGAGAGCUGGACCUGAGCUACAAUCAUCCAGGAGACUCAGGAGUGAAGCUGCUGUCAGCGGGACUGAAGGAUCCUCUCUGGAGACUGGACACACUCAGGGUGGAGCCUGCUGGAGUCAGAUGGUUGACACCAGGUCUGAGGAAGUAUUCCUGUGAACUCAGAGUCGACACCAACACGGUGCACAGGAAACUCAGACUGUCUGACAACAACAGGAAGGUGACACGGGUGGAGGAGGAUCAGCCAUAUCCUGGUCAUCCAGACAGGUUUGGGAUCUGGUCUCAACUCCUGUGUAGAGAUGGUCUGACUGGUCGCUGUUACUGGGAGGUCCAGACCAGAGGAAGGGUUCAUAUAUCAGUGAGUUACAGAGGAGUCAGGAGGAGAGGAGACAGUGAAGACUGUUGGUUUGGAGGUAAUGAUCAGUCCUGGAGUCUGGUCUGCUAUGAUGAUAGUCGUUACUAUGUCCUUCACAAUAACAGAGAGACAUUCAUCUCCUUCUUCCAUGUCUCUGGUAGAGUAGCAGUGUAUGUGGACUGUCCUGCUGGCUUGCUGUCCUUCUACACAGUCUCCUCUGACUCACUGAUCCACCUCCACACCUUCUACACCUCAUUCACCCAGACCCUCUAUCCUGGGUUUGGGUUCUGGUCUCGUGGCUCCUCAGUGUCUCUGUGUCCUGUGGAGGACGGAGAGUCUCCUCCUGUCUCUCACUGCUGAUCGGCUGAGUCUGGACAGGAUCACACACACACAUACACAUAGACACACACACACACACAGACAGACACACACACACACACACACACACACACACACACA